AUGAGGCAGCAGUUCAGCUAGGAAGAGGCAGAGGCGGAGGGUGAGAUGGAUGUGGCCGAGCUCCAGGAGUGAUACCGAAAGUUCGUGGUGGAGUGCUCUAGUGGCACACUCUUCAUGCGCGAGUUUAAGAGCUUCUUCAGAGUCACAGAGGCCACCCAGUAUGUAGAGAGCAUGUUCCAUGCCUUCGACAAAAAUGGGGACACCAUUGACUUCCUGGAAUACAAGGCAGCUCUGAACCUUGUGCUGAGGGGCUCCCUGGAGCACAAGCUGAAGUGGACCUUCAAGAUCUAUGACAAGGACUGGAAUGGCUGCAUUGAUCGCCUGGAGCUCCGCGACAUUGUGGAGGCGAUUUACACGCUGAAGAAAGCCUGCAGGAUGGAGAUGGAGGCCUAGCUGCAGAACCAGCUGCUCAUAGAGGAGUUUGUGGACAGGAUCUUCCUUCUGGUGGAUGACAAUGGAGAUGGCCGGCUCUCUCUGGCUGAGUUCAUUGAAGAUGAACGUCAUGACAAGUGGGUGAUGAAGAUGCUGCAGACGGAGAUGACCUGGAUCUCUCAGCAGAGGCAGAAAAGUGUCAUACUAUAA